AUGCGAAAAGAGGACGAGAAAUUGCAGAAGAAGCUGGCUAAAUUGAACGAAUCCAUGGUAAAACAUCAAUUGGAAAACAGCGAAACUGUCCAAGAAUUGCUGGAAAGACAAGUCAAAGUUCUCCGAGAAGAAAAUAAGGGGCUUCGACAAAGCAACAAGUCUCUUCGAAAAAAUGUCGAUUUCUUGGAGGAAAAGUUGAAGAAAGCCAAGCCCGUGCCAACAGCGCAUUUCACGAUCGACCCGGACUACUUCUCCGACGAAAACGUGGAUACUCACCGACCCGAGAACCCGAAGCGCAUCUUUCCCGAAAAGUGCUUCAAUUGCUACCAAGACUUGCCCGAUCUGAUCACCGAUCGAUCGUACGCGAUCAUCGCCGACCCGCACGGCUGGGACUUGAACACUCGACUUCGCAAGAACCAGAUGGCACAUUUGGCGAACACAGAAUUUUAG